AUAGAAAUAUACCAGAAAUAUAAUCCCUUUUUAGAAACAAUCUAGCCUACUUGCCAAAAGGCUUCUUUUUUAAGUUGCUGGCAUUUAAACUCCACCUGAUGCAUGUAAAGCGAUGUUUUGUGUCAUGCGCUGAAGCGAAUGCCUUUGAGCCUUAUUAAGAAGUGAUGUUUUGUCAUGCGCUAAAGUGAAAGUCUUUGCGCCUCUGUUCGCUGUCCAUCCUAUUUCAUGAUCACACAAGGGUCGAGGAAGAAACUGGUAUGCAUUCGCGCGAUGCGUGCAGGAAAGAGGCUUUUGGUGGUCUUACUGGUGCUGCACUUGAGCGCUCACGGCAGCGCGAUGAUGGGCGCUUCGACUGAGGCUCGUUCACAGUGUGACACUGAUGGAUCGACCGUAAGAUGCACAUUGGAAGAGACUGACUUGAUGAGUUCUGACCCAUUUAAACUGGACAUCAUUGAAGGACAAACUGUAGAAAUUUACAGUGCAUGUCAACAAAACAGCUCAGAUGGGCUUAAAUGUCUCUGCUAUCAAAGGAUAAAUUCCUCUACGGAUCCAUUACAGAACAACGAGAGAUUUGGAAAUGCAAUAUACACUGUAAUAUGUGGCAAUCAUAGUGUUACAGUUAUUCAAUCACCACAAAGGAGGCCAUCAGUUCCAGUGCUGGAAGCUAUUGCAAUACCAGGGAGAAGCAAUUUAGCUCAAUUAGUGUGUACUUCUGAGGGGAACCCAAAACCAACCAUCAGAUGGGAUGGUAACAGCAAAAAUCCAGAGGAGGUCAUGACAAAUAAGUGGUAUAAGACAGAGAGCAUUUUUAAGAGUUAUGAUGAUCAUCUUAAAACUCCAAAGAUAAAGUGCUGUGCCUAUAAUUCACUGGGAGAAGAAUGUACUGAGAUCCAUCAUUACGAUCUGGAUACAAAUGUGGACGGGCAAAAAGCUCCUAUGAUUUUCCUGAAAUCUGGUCGGUCUCUGCUACUCCGUUGCACCAUAAAAUCUAAAAACUAUAGAAACCCUGAAUUGAGAUGGCACUUCAAUAACACAGCAGUCAAAGGAAUUACUUCAGCACAUUUUUCAAAUUGGGCAGAGCACUUCUUUAUCGAAUCAGUUAAAAUAACACAUAGUGGGGAGUACAUCUGCAAAUCUCUAUACAACCACACUAACACCUAUGUCAAGGUCUUUGACAAUGAUAAAAUCGACAUAUUGCAGUUGAAUGAGAACAACCGCAUACUAGCACAAAAUAAGGCAAGCUUCUGCUUCCAGGCUCAGGUGUUCUCCUUCCCAAAAGCCCAGUGUCAAUGGAUUACACCAAAUCAAACCGAAAUACAGGGCAGAGAGACUCAUCACCUUAAUUUUAAUAGUACUUUUGAGCUGUGUAACCCUGAACCGGGCCAGUAUCAAAUGAAACUAAAGACUCAAGAGUAUAGUGUCACGAGGAAUAUCUCUCUCUGCAUUUUAGACAUUCAUUCAAUUAAAAUAGGCAAAGAUUCAAGCUUCACCACUUGUGAGACUCGAAGCCCUCUACCUAUGAAUGUCUCUUGGAAGAUCUGUCCAUCACAUGCUGACUGUACUGAAGAUGAAGACUGGAAAGAGAUGCCUGUUGCCCAGCCCAAGUUCAUGGAUUCAGAUCAUUUCUGUCAUAAGAAAAUUAACUUUGCCAGACCACACUUGAACUGGGAGAACAUUAAUAUUAAAUGCUGCAUCACUAAUGAAGCAGGGACUGUCUGCAGUGAUCAAACACAUGUGGAAACGGGUAUCCGCAUUGAAUAUGUGAUUUGUCUCCCGUUCAUCGUCAUACUCCUCGUGGUCAUCUUUGCCUUAAUCAUCAGAGUUAAGAAGCCUGCGUACCAGUGUCAGAUCCAGAUGAUUCAGAUGGUCGGACCCAACGACAAUGACUACAUAUACAUUGAUUUCAAGGAGUUUAAGUAUGACCUGAAAUGGGAAUUUCCACGAGAAAAUCUUGAGCUUGGAAAUGAGCUAGGAUCUGGUGCUUUUGGGAUGGUUGUGCAGGCUACAGCAUAUGGGAUCAGCAAGCCGGGAGUGUCCAUUCAGGUAGCAGUAAAAAUGUUAAAGGACAAGCACCAGGCAGUGGAGAAGGAAGCUCUGAUGUCUGAACUGAAAAUGCUGACUCAUAUCGGACACCAUGAAAACAUUGUCAACUUGCUCGGAGCUUGCACAGGCUCAGGUCCUAUUUACCUGAUAUUCCAGUAUUGCUGUAACGGAGAUCUCUUGAACUACCUGAAGAGCAACAGGGAGCGUUUUCACAAAUAUCUGACGGAUGCUUUCAACAGGGACAGAUUCAGAGGCCUCUACCACAACUUCCAGCAGAAGAGAAACUCCAGUGGGUAUGUUGAGCCUGAUAACAGCUCGUGUCUGCACUUGACUCUUACAAGCAAAGGACAGGAGAACGAGGCGCUCCUCAGACCCAGCCUCAGCUCAGUGUCUACUGUUGAGGAAAUGCUUGAAAGUGAAGACAAACUUCAAGAAGAGGAACUUCAGAGUCUCACCUAUGAUGACCUCCUGAGUUUCUCUUUUCAAGUUGCAAAGGGCAUGGAGUUCCUGUCCUCUAAAAAUUGUAUCCAUAGGGACUUGGCAGCCAGAAAUGUUUUGGUUACGCAUGGCAGGCAAGUGAAGAUUGGUGACUUUGGCCUCGCCAGAGACAUUGAACAUGAUUCCAACUACGUUGUAAGAGGAAAUGUGCGUUUGCCCGUGAAGUGGAUGGCUCCUGAGAGUAUUUUCAAAGGGGUCUACACUAUGCAGAGUGACGUCUGGGCCUAUGGCAUUCUUCUAUGGGAAAUCUUUUCUCUAGGAGUCACGCCAUAUCCUGGUAUAACUGUGAAUAACGCAUUCUACAGAAUGAUUGAAAGUGGAUAUCACAUGGAGCAACCUUAUUAUGCAGCAGAAUCUGUAUACAGGGUAAUGUGUCGCUGCUGGACACUGGAUCCUGUAGAUCGACCUUGUUUCUCCAAGCUUGUGGCUUUCAUGGAAAAAGAGCUGGCUGCUUUGGAAGAGAGGCUAUAUUACAAUGUCGAAGGAUACUGCCACAAUGAAGUAACAUACCAGAAUGCACCAGUGACCCCUGAUGCUACAUUGAUGGAGAACAAACAGGAUGUCUUCCAGUCCAACACUGAGGAUUCACAUGAAUGCAAAUCUGUGGACAGUCUUGGAUCAGUAAGAACAGAACCUCUUGUUUGAAUAUGAGUUUAAGCCUUGGCUAUGCAAUUAUGUCUGGCAUUGGGAAAACUUAAUGCAUAAUUUGUGCUUCCAUAAAUAACCACUUAAACAUAGCAUUUUUAGUUUUUUGGAAUUGGAAUUUGAACGAAUCAUUUAUGCACAUAUUGUACCACUAUAAUGUUUAAUAUUUUUGGAUUGAGGCCUAUUAACUCUAAUUCGGUUAUCUUUUUUUUUAACAAUGUUAAAAUGGAAUAAAUAAUAUACAGUAUUUGAAUGCUGUUUUGUGCAGCAAGAUUCUUUAGGAACUAUAAAAUAUAAGAAACCUUCCAAAAUUGUAGCCUACCACUGUGAGAGCUGAAUGACCUUCUGUACUCCAUAAUGAAGGAUGACAAGCGUUGCUGUUUGAGAACUGAUCAUGGAGAUUAUUAAUUAUGUUUAUAUAUUUUUUGCUGCAUUUGCAGACUAUAAUAAAUUGCUCUAUUUUUAUAAGAAAAACUCUUUAUUAUUGUUUUUCAUCAUAUUUAUUCAUUUACCUUUAAAACAUUUAUGGCUUAAUCAUUGUUCUUUAAAUAUUAUUUAUCAUGUAAUAAGAAUAGUCUUCAGUAUACUUAUAGUUAUGCUUAUCAUUGUAACAGAAAAGUAUUUUCUAUAAACUAAAUGAGCUUUUUCAGUUCCAUUGCCUAACUUGAUAAAGUAUUAAUUAUGAUGAAGUAUUAAUUGUUAUGUAAUCAUUGUUGAUUGUCCUUGCUUUGAGAGGACAGUGAAUGAGUGGACAUAAUAUUAAAAAGGGAUCAUUGUUAUUUUUAUGUGAGACACCAACUACAAAGAUGUGUUGGAGUAACUGAAAAAUGUUUGUAUGUAAGGUUUAAGAUGCAACAGAAGCAAAAUAAAACACAAUACAAAUUGUG